UCAAGCAACCUGUAGCUUUUGUUUUGAACUAUAAGCGAUAGAAAAGGCGCGGAGAUAGUUAUCAAACUAGAUCAGUUCAGUUUCUUAACGACUUCAACGCACAUUCAAUCCGAUCGCUUCCAAAAAUAAGAUCAAAUUUAGCAUAUUAUAAAGUUUUAUUUCGAAUAAACCUAAUUUCGUGCCAUGUCGUCUGCGCAUAGUAAUCGGCCGGUAAUCCUACUAAAGGUUCCAUCGUCUGAUGAUUUAUAUGGAUCGGCCAUGCGCCGCCAUAACCUAGAUCCAAUUUACAUAGCUCCCUCGCAAUUUGUGUUUAAGAAUCUAAAGCAACUGCAAAUGAAGCUCCAGGAACCACACAAAUACGCAGGGAUUAUCUUUGCGUCCCCCCGAUGUGUCCAGGCGGUUAACGAGGCUCUAGAGAAGGCUCCACUACCCAAUUGUUGGCGCUCUCUCAACAAUUACUCCCUGGGCAAAAGCACACACAGCUUGGUUUGGAAUACCUUGCAGAGACUUUCUACUAUGGGUGAUUAUACAGUAAAUGCCCAUAACUUGUGUGACCUGAUCGUAGAAACUUUCGGACCCAAACGGGAGCUUCCGCUGCUAAUACCCUGUGGCAAUGGAGUCGGCCAUACGCUUCGACUGCGGCUGGUGGCCCAGGGAUUCCGGGUGGACGUCUGCGAGGUCUACGAGAAUCAGUCCCAUCCAGAGUUCAACAAUCAGAUGCGUCAUGCCCUCAAGCUUAAGCGAAUGGAGACAAUCGUUUUCUUCGGGCCCUCCAGCGUUCGCAGUUCUCAGGAGUUUUUCGAAAGUUACAAGGUUUCCGUCAAGGAUCGCAAGCUUAUCGCUGUCGGAGACGCUACCAGGAAAGCCAUGGAGGACGCGGGGCUGCAGGUGAACGCCGUGGUGGAAGCUACAAACGUGGAUAAGCUGAUUAAGACCAUCGUAACUUAGUUUGUUUGUGAUUGUUUGUUAUUACGUGUUUGUACUUUUGGUAUCGUUUCCAAAUCUGUUUAGUGCCAUUGCAGGGGUUUAAUCCCAGAAGAGGUUUCCGUAACUCGAUCAGAUCUGCAAAAUAAAUGUUAAUGAAGAAGU